AUGGCCGUCGACGGCCGGCCGCCGUCUAGGCCCAUCGUGACGCGCCUCGGCAAGGACGCCACCACUUCACUGUACACCAUCUCCGUCGGCAGCGGCGGCGCGCCGUUGGUCGUCGACCUCGCCGGCCCGCUGCUCUGGUCGUCGACGUGCCCGCCCGCGCACCACGCGAUCCGCUGCAGCUCCAGCGUGUGUAAGGUCGCGAACCGGAACCAUCCGGCGAACUGCGCGCACUCCGACGGUGGCCGGCCGGGCUACGGCGACAGGAGGUGCGCCUGCGUCGCCUACCCGUACAACCCGGUCAGUGGCCGGUGCGGCCGCGGGGACGUCACCGCCGUGAGGCUCUCCGCCAACGCCACCGACGGCAAGAACCCGCUGUUCCUGGUCUCGUUCUCGGCGUUCGGGUCGUGUGCGCCCGGCGGGCUCUUGGCGUCGCUUCCCUCGGGCGCCGCCGGUGUCGCGGGGCUGUCGAGGCUGCCGUUGUCGCUGCCGUCCCAGGUGGCGUCGUCGCUGAAGGUGGAGAGGCAGUUCGCGCUGUGCCUUCCUAGUGGCGGCGGCGACGGCGCGGCCAUCUUCGGCGGCGGGCCGUUCCAGCUCCUAGCGGCGCCGCCCAUGGAGCUCGCCGAAGGUCUCCGUCGGAACCCCGUCCCCUUCCUCAAGAACCCCAAGAAUGGCGCCUACUACCUCCGCGUCACCGGCAUCGCCGUCAACCAACAGGCGGUGCCCAUCCCGCCCCGCGCCCUGGACCUCGACGUCCGCCGCGGCACGGGCGGCGUCACGCUGAGCACCGUCGAUCCCUACACCGCGCUGCGCCCCGACAUCUACCGCGCGCUGCUCAGCGCGUUCGACGCGGCCACAUCCGGCAUCCCGCGCGUGACGCCGCCGGCGAAGCCGUUCGAGAUGUGCUACCAGGCGUCGGCGCUCGGCACGACGCGGCUCGGCUUCGCCGUGGCGAACAUCGACCUGGUGCUGGACGGCGGCCACAACUGGACGCUGCCCGGCGGCAGCUCGCUGGUGCAAGUGAACGAGCAGACCGUGUGCUUCGCGUUCCUCGAGAUGGGGCCCUCCUCGCCGGCGAUCGCCAUUGGCGGGUUCCAGAUGGAGAACAACCUGCUGCUGUUUGAUCUGGAGAAGGAGACGCUGGGGAUCAGCUCGCUGCUCUCCGGACUCCGCACUGGCUGCGGCGGCUUCAACUUCACCAUGGGAAGCUCUUCGUAG